AUGUAUAUAAUCAUUGGAGGAUACAUCAGAGCCAUUCGAUCAAGCCAGAAGCAAGGAGCGAAUGGUCAAAUGGCUGGUACGACGUCGGAGAUCUCUUAUCUGCAGGUGCAAAAGGGUAUUGUAGCUGAUCCGGCGCUUCAAGCAGAAUGGGCAAAGAAAAGAUUGGUAUGGGUUCCACACGAAACGGAAGGUUUCGUUAGCGGAAGUAUUAAAGAAGAUCGCGGAGAUGAUGCUGUCGUUGAGCUUAUUGAUAAUGGAAAGCGAUUGACACUGAGCAAAGAUGAUUUACAAAAAAUGAAUCCACCGAAAUUUGAUAAAGUGGAAGAUAUGGCUGAAUUAACGUGUCUCAAUGAAGCUUCCGUCCUGCACAAUCUUCGGGAACGCUACUUCUCAUCCCUUAUUUAUACUUAUUCUGGCUUAUUUUGCGUGGUCGUUAAUCCGUACAAGAAACUACCAAUCUACUCGGAAACACUAAUUGAAGCAUUUAAAGGAAAGAAGCGUCAUGAAAUGCCACCCCAUAUAUUUGCAAUCGCAGAUACUGCUUAUCGGUCGAUGCUCCAAGAGCGGGAAGAUCAAUCCAUUCUCUGCACUGGUGAAUCUGGUGCGGGUAAAACGGAAAAUACGAAAAAAGUUAUUCAGUAUUUAGCUUAUGUGGCUGGUGCAACGAGGCAGAGUAAAAAUAAUUCCCCAUCGAAGGGUGAAUUGGAACAUCAGUUACUGCAAGCUAACCCAAUUCUUGAAGCAUUUGGUAAUAGUAAAACAGUUAAGAAUGACAAUUCGUCCAGAUUUGGUAAAUUUAUCAGAAUUAAUUUUGACAUGUCUGGAUAUAUUUCCGGCGCAAAUAUUGAGUUUUAUUUACUUGAAAAGUCUCGUACGUUACGUCAAGCAGCAGAUGAACGAUCAUUCCAUAUAUUUUAUCAGUUCCUACGUGGUACAUCUGCAGCUGAAAGAGGAAAUUUUCUUUUGGAGGACGUUGAUAAAUAUCGCUUCCUAAAUAAUGGUUAUAUAAAUUUACCAAAUGUUGAUGAUGCUAACGAAUUUCAUAAUACUGUUCGCUCCAUGAAGAUUAUGGGUUUUCAAGAAGAGGAAAUUACAUCUGUCCUUCGAUUAGUAUCUGCCGUGUUACUUUUUGGAAAUAUGGAAUUUUUCCAGGAAAAGAAAUCGGAUCAAGCUAUUUUACCUGAUGAUCGAGUCUCCCAAAAAUUGUGCCAUUUAUUGGGCUUACCAUUGGUUGAUUUCACAAAAGCUUUUUUGCGUCCUCGCAUAAAAGUUGGUCGAGAAUUUGUGCACAAGGCACAAAAUAAGGAGCAAGCGGAAUUUGCCGUGGAAGCUAUAAGCAAGGCUUGUUAUGAAAAAAUGUUCCGGUGGCUAGUUGGUCGUUUAAACAAGUCUUUAGAUCGAACUCGUCGGCAGGGUGCUUCAUUCAUAGGUAUAUUAGAUAUAGCUGGAUUUGAAAUUUUCGAACUGAAUUCAUUUGAGCAGUUGUGCAUCAAUUAUACCAAUGAAAAGCUGCAGCAGUUAUUCAAUAACACAAUGUUUAUCCUUGAGCAGGAAGAAUAUCAACGUGAAGGCAUUGAUUGGAAAUUUAUCGAUUUUGGCCUUGAUCUACAGCCUACUAUUGAUCUCAUUGAAAAACCGAUGGGUAUUCUAGCGCUUCUUGAUGAACAAUGUUUAUUUCCAAAAGCAACUGAUAAAUCAUUGGUCGAAAAAUUACUUGUCAAUCAUUCAAAACAUCCAAAAUUUGUUAUUCCGGAAAUGCGUGCAAAAUCUGAUUUUGCUGUAAUACAUUAUGCCGGUAGAGUAGAUUACUCUGCUGAUCAAUGGCUUAUGAAAAAUAUGGAUCCUCUCAAUGAGAAUGUGGUAGCGUUAUUUCAGAAUUCGUCCGAUCCAUUCGUUGUGAGCAUUUGGAAAGACGCUGAAUUUGCGGGAAUCUGUGCCUCAGAAUACAGUGAGACAGCAUUCGGUGUACGAACUAAAAAGGGAAUGUUCCGUACUGUAAGUCAAAUGCAUAAAGAGCAGUUAACUCGUUUGAUGACCACGUUGCGCAAUACGAAUCCUCACUUUGUGCGAUGCAUUAUACCGAAUCACGAAAAGAAAGCUGGUAAAAUAUCAUCAUUACUGGUUUUGGAACAGCUACGCUGUAAUGGUGUCUUAGAAGGCAUACGUAUCUGCCGACAAGGUUUUCCAAAUCGCGUACCCUUCCAAGAAUUCCGACACCGUUAUGAAAUACUUACACCAAACAUUAUACCAAGAGGAUUUAUGGAUGGCAAGGAAGCCGUAAGGAAAAUGAUUGAUGCAUUAGAAAUGGAAAAUAAUUUGUAUCGGGUCGGUCAGUCGAAAAUAUUCUUCCGGACUGGUGUCUUAGCACAUUUGGAGGAAGAACGUGAUUUGAAACUUACUGGUCUGAUUGUAUCCUUUCAAGCACAGUGCCGUGCUUUUCUUGCAAGACGCUUAUACCAGAAGAGGAUGCAGCAAUCAAAUGCAAUACGGGUAUUGCAAAGAAACGGCUUAGCAUGGCUCAAACUACGGAACUGGCAAUGGUGGCGACUGUUUACCAAGGUGAAACCACUCUUACAAGUUACGAACCAAGAAGCCGCUAUUGCUCUUAAAGACGAGGAGCUGAAAGUGGUGAAAGAUAAGCUCAGCAAGAAGGAAAGCGAAUAUGGUGAUAUUGAGAAACGUCUCAAACAACUAAGCGAAGAGAGGAACGUCCUUCAAGAACAACUGCAGCAAGAAAGCGAAGAACGAGCGGAAGUCGAAGAAAUGCGUGAAAGAUUGUCAUCAAAGAAAGUGGAAUUAGAAGAUAUGCUGACUGAACUGAAUUCCAAACUAGACGAAGGCGAAGAGCAAGUAGAAAAAUUAACGGAAGAGAAAAAGAAAUUACAGGAAACUGUUCGCGAUUUAGAGGAACAACUCGAAGAAGAAGAACAGGCACGCCAGAAACUUAUGCUUGAUAAAGUAAACGUGGAUCAACGAUGGAAAAAAUUGGAAGAAAAACAUGCUGAGCUAGCUGAUUCGUACGAAAAGUUACUUAAAGAAAAGAAAAAUAUAGAAGAACGAGCUGCUCAGCUGUCGAAUCAUCUGCUAGAAGAGGAAGAAAAGGCAAAACAUGUUGGGAAACAGCGUUCUCGAGUUGAAGUGCAAUUGCAAGAGCAGGAGCAGGAAUUAAAGAAGGAAAAACAGAUGAGAGCAGAAGUUGAGCGUCAGAAACGAAAGCUCGAAGUAGAAAUGGAAGAGCAAAAAGAAUUGCUUGAAGAGAAACGAAACAAACUGGAAGAAUUAAAUUCAUUGCUCAGUAAACGCGAAGAAGAGUUGACGACUCUCUUGACGAAAUCAGAUGAAGACAGCGCUAACAACAUAGUUUUGCAAAAGCAGAUUCGCGAAUUGGAGUCAGCACUAGAGGAAUUGAAGGAAGAUCUUGAUAAUGAAAAAGUGCUGCGUGAAAAGGCUGAAAAAAUUCGUCGUGAUCUCAAUGAUGAUUUGGAAACUCUGAGAACAGAAUAUUUGGAAGCAGCCGAUAAGACGGCCAUAUCACUUGAAAUACAGAAAAAGAAGGACGAAGAGCUAAAGGAGCUGAAGUGCGCACUUGAAUCAUCUAAUGCCGCUAAUGAUGCCAGAGCGGAAGAAUUAAAACAAAAAUACCAAAAGCAGAUUGAAGAAUUAGACGAACAGGUUGAACAACAAAAACGAAUACGUUCUCAAAUUGAAAAGACCAAGAAUUCAUUGGAUAUGGAAAAGGCGUCCAUAGCAGCUGAAUUAACCGUCGUACAAGCAGCAAAAGCUGAAGCGGAUAAAAAACGUAAACAAGCGGAAAUGGCAUGUAUGGAAUUGAAUGCACGGAUAGCAGAACUCGAUUCAGCAAAGUCGGCACUUACCCAACAUCUUGCAAAAGCACAAAGUGAACUGGAUUCCGUGGUGAAACAAAAAGAAGAAGAUGAACAGAAUGUUUCAGCAUUACAACGAAAAAUUACACUUCUUGAACGGCAGUUAGCCGAAGCACAAGAUCAAUUACAGGAAGAAACCAGAAAUAAACUUGCAAUGCAGACAAGAGUACGACAGUUGGAAGAUGAUUUGGCGGAAUCACUUGAAAUGCGUGAAGAAGUGGAACUUAAACGAAAAGAAUUAGAAGGGCAACUUGAUAGCAUACGAGUAGCACUGGUAGAUGCGAAAAAGAAGGCUGAUGAAGGUGUACUGCAACAAAUGGAAGAAAUGAAGAAGAAAGCCCAACGAGAUUUCGAAGUAACUCAGAAGACAUUAGCCGAAAUGGAGGUAGCACGUGAUCGUGUUGAACGAUCCAAACGCAAAUUACAACAAGAAGUAGAAGAUGCCAAUAUUGAACUUAAUAAUGUGAGAACUUAUUCGCGUGAUUUGGAAAAGAAGCAGCGAAGAUUUGAUCAACAAUUGGCGGAAGAAAGAGCUAAUCUUCAAAAAGUUGUAAAUGAACGCGAUGCACUUGCUCAGGAGUCUCGUGACCGUGAGACGCGCAUUUUAUCACUUAACAACGAUCUUGAAAGCUUACGCUGUCAGUUGGAAGAAUCGGAACGUGUAAAACGUAUGCUGCAAAUGGAGCUUGAUGAAUCGGUGUCCUCAAAGGAUGAUGUGGGAAAGAAUGUGCAUGAAUUGGAGAAAGCAAAACGUCAACUAGAAGCAGAGUUGCAAGAACAGCGGGCGCAAGUUGAAGAGUUAGAAGAUGCCGUUCAAAUAGCGGAGGAUGCUCGACUUCGAUUGGACGUCAACCUUCAGGCUUUGAAAAGUGAACAAGAAAGAAUGCUGGCAGCGAAAGAACAGGAAAGUGAAGAGAAGCGUCGUUCAUUGCUGAAACAAAUCCGAGAUCUCGAAAAUGAGCUUGAAAAUGAGCGUCGUACACGCACCGGUGCCGUUUCCAACAGGAAAAAGAUUGAAUCACAAUUGAUGGAAAUGGAGCAGCAAUUAGAACUUGCUAACAGAUUGAAAGAUGAUUACAGUCGACAGUUUAAAAAAUAUCAACAAAUGAUCAAGGAUGUGCAACAUGAUAAUGAAGAAAUUCGACAGUCCAAAGAAGAGCUUGCAAAUUCUUUGCGCGAAAUGGAACGGAAAUUACGUGCACUUGAUGCUGAAAAUAUCCGACUACUAGAAGCUAACGAAAGUUUGAUGAACCAAAAAAGACAGCUGGAAGCGGAAAAGGAUGAGCUGGAAGAUACGAGGGGUCGAGGCGGUGGUAUGAAUGUCGAUGAACGUCGAAGACUCGAGGCAAAAGUUGCUGCUUUAGAGGAAGAAGUAGAAGAGGAACAAAGUCUUGCUGAGCUAGCGCUUGAUAAGCAGCGUAAGGCGCAGAUGCAGGUUGAACAGCUAACCACGGAAUUGUCAGUUGAGCGUUCUACAACACAAAAGUUGGAAACUGAAAAGCAAGCAAUGGAACGUGCAAAUCGUGAACUCAAGAAUAAAGUAUCGGAAUUGGAAACAUCUGCACAAACACGUUCCAGGGCUCAAAUAGCUGCACUUGAAGCAAAGAUACAGUACUUGGAAGAGCAGUACAAUGCGGAAAGUCAAGAACGUGCUAAUGCUACCCGACAAUAUCGACGUAUUGAAAAACGUUUGGCUGAUGCAAUAUUACAGCUGGAGGAUGAACGUCGAAAUACGGAACAGAAUAAGGAACAGGCAGAAAGAGAAAAAACUCGAGUAAGGCAAAUUCGUCGACGGCUUGAUGAAAUGGAGGAAGAACUAAUACGGGAACAAACCAAAGCGCGGAAUCUGCAACGAAUGAUUGAUGAUUUAAAUGCAGCAAAUGAUACAUUAGCUCGUGAUAACACCAAUUUGCGUGGACAGCGACGUCAAGUUCGUGAAACCUUACUGGGUGGUCGACGUGUUCACUUACGGAAUAGCAGUCCACAUGAUGAUUUGGAUAGUAUAGGGACUGAAGGUUCUGACAUGACGGACGAUGCAAAACGCGGCUUGCCGUUGAAAGAAUGA